UGAAAUUCAUAAAUAAUUAUCUAUCAGCCGGUUAUAAAUUUGGAAUAGAAAUUAGAAAACAAAAAUAGAAAUCAGAUUCCCGAAGUCCGCAAAGUGCUUAUUAAUUUUAAAAUUAACUCUUAUUUUAAUAAUACACCUAAACUUACUAGGGUCCAAAAUCAUACAAUUCGAUUAAAAUAAAUUUUGUUGCCAUUGAAGAAUGGUACAAAAAACAAACAUGUUAAAAUAUUGCGUAUUUUUUGGAAGGCCUAGAAUAAUUUCUAAUUCCAUACGAAAUCUAAGCUCAAUGAACGAUGGAAGAGUGAAGGGUAGAUACGAUGUGAUUAUAGCUGGUGGUGGUAUGGUUGGAUGUACAUUAGCUUGUGCAAUGGGAAAACGACCACUUCUUUCAAAGCUAAAAGUUCUCUUACUUGAAGGAAGUCCUAAUAAAAAAUUUGACAUUAAGAAAGAAUAUAGCAACCGUGUUGUGGCUUUGAAUCAAAAUACAAAGUCACUAAUGAAUUCUCUGGAUGUAUGGCCUCAUGUUGUAUGUAUACGUCUACAACCUGUAAGAAACAUGCAAGUCUGGGAUGCAUGUUCGGAUGCAAUGAUAACCUUUAACAGUUCUGAACUACUUGACAAUGAUGUUGCUUAUAUUGUUGAAAAUGAUGUUCUACUCCAUGCAAUAAACAAAGAACUUACGGCGUCAGUUGAAAAUGUUGAUAUUGUCUAUGGUGCUCAAAUACAAGGCUACAAGUUACCACAAUCGAGUGAUGCGGGUGAAGAUAAUGUUGUAAAGAUGAGCAAUGGUGAUCAAUACUCUUGUCAGCUUUUGAUUGGAGCCGACGGAGCGAACUCUGCAGUCCGGAACGCGAUGGGCGUCCAGUAUGUAUCUUGGAAGUAUAACCAUAUGGGUGUCGUUGCCACCCUCGAGUUAGCUGAGGAGUAUGAGAAUACAACGGCGUGGCAAAGAUUUCUACCGUCGGGUCCGGUCGCCCUUUUGCCUCUUGACAACAAGCACAGCUCCCUGGUGUGGUCUACAUCACCGACACACGCCAAGGAGUUACUGCAGCUAUCUGAAGAAAGUUUCGUAGACGCGCUGAACGAUGCUCUGUGGAAACAGUACCCACGUUCAGCCGGAGUAGAUGCGUGCACGUCGUGGGUCAGCAGCGUGCUGAAGGGCGCCGGGCUGGCGGACGGCGCCGCUCGCCAGCUGCCGCCCAGUGUGUGCGGCGCGGCCGCGGGCUCGCGGGCCGCCUUCCCGCUCGCCUUCGGGCACAGCACCAGAUACGUCGCGCCCGGCGUCGCGCUAAUUGGAGAUGCUGCACAUAGAGUACAUCCUUUGGCCGGUCAAGGCGUCAACUUGGGCUUUGGUGAUGUUCAGGACUUGACAGAAUAUCUCGGAGAGGCGUUAUACACUGGCCUUGAUAUAACGCACCCCAGUUGGCUGCGGCAGUACGAGACGUCCCGGCAGCGACACAACGUGCCCACCCAGCUGGCGAUUGACGUGCUCUACAGGCUGUACUCGCUGGAGCUGACCCCGCUGGUGCUGGCGAGGAGCAUCGGGCUGCAGCUCACUAACGCCUUCCGACCGGUCAAGAAAUUGAUAAUGUCACAUGCCACUACAUGAGCUGGUGUCGAAGCAAGCCUACCUUAUUUAUGUUAACUGUAAAUUAUUGUUUUAGUUGCUCGAGUUGUUUUAGUUAAUAAAUUGUAUAAAUUAUU